GUUUACGUCAAUAAGUUCCCGGCAAUGAGAUUUUCUCAUCGAUAAAUUACAUGGUAAGGCAACGAUGAUUAGGACACAAUAUUCUUAUAAAAACCAUUCGUUUAAUCAACAGUAGGCGCAGUCGUGGAAGACUUCUUAUACAGAGAGUUUUUUAAAAGGAUUCAGAAUGGGUUUGAAACUUUACAAGAAAGAUACUAGCGCGCCAUGUCGAUCAGUCUUCAUGGUGAUCGAAGCUCUACACUUGCGUGGUGUCGAAUUAGUUGACAUGGACUUAUUAGGGAAAAAAGACCAUUUGAAGGACGACUUCUUGAAGAUAAACCCACAGCACACUAUACCAACUUUAAAAGAUGAAGAUUUUGUUAUUUGGGACAGUCAUGCGAUCAUUACAUACUUAGUCAACAAAUAUGCUAAGGAUGAUUCUCUUUACCCAAAAGAACCGAAGAAAAGAGCAGUUGUAGACCAGAGACUACAUUUUAGCAACGCCAUAUUAUUUUCAACACUAAGAGAGACCAUGAUACCCCUCCUAUAUCACGGUGAAAAAUCCUUCAAACAGCAGAACUUGGAUAAAAUAAAAUCAGGAUACGAAUUUCUUGAAAAUUUCUUCAACGGCCAGUGGCUAGCCGGAGACUCACUAACACUAGCUGACAUCAGCACUGUUGCCAUGAUCAGCACUUUCAACGUCAUCUUACCCAUCGAUAAAGCUUCGUACCCCAAUCUAACCGCAUGGUUUGAGCGUUGUACAAAACAAGACUUCUACAUAAAAGCGAACGUUCCUGGCCUGCAAUAUUUCCAAGACUAUGUAAAAAGUGUUGUUAAUUAAAUGAAAAAUUGAAUGUUUGCUUCUGCAAUGUAAAAUAAAAUUAAGUAUUGUCAUCAUAAAUGUUUAACUUUUUUAUUA